UGGUGGUGGCGGCCGCGCGCGCGACUGUCAUGAUUGUCUGUGGUAAUUGCGCACGGAGAAGCAUCAUUGAUGAUCGAUAUACUGUCGUACACUCGCUGCUGCUACUACUCGGCACAGAUUAAAGUCUGGGUGAAGUCCAGGUGACUCCGAACCAACGCAUGUAGAUCACAAUGACGAGCAAGAAAAGUCAUACCCUCCGCAUCGAGUCCGAAAUCGAUCGAAAUCGCGAGGAGGGCAACUGGAAGAAGGUUAUAGAACUGGCUGAACACCUAAAAGUGCAGUACCCCAGCAACGAAUGUCUGGCGAAUUUCUUGUGCGGAGAAGGAAGAUUGGAGAGUUUUUUAGAGCAGACUCCAGCGAUUGACGCCAAUAUCAGCAAGGCACGCAACGGAUUGGUGGAGACACGAAAAUACUUGUUAUUAGCUGCCAAUGAAAAAGAUAAACAGGCUUUGGUUGUAUUGGAUGCUCAUCUGCUACUUGGAAAACUUCAUUAUGCGAUGGGGAUGUAUGAGGAUGCGCUUCAUCAUUAUCAGGAAGCUGAACUAGACACACUCACAGAAAAGCAAUUACCGUGUCGAAGUUUACGUAUUAUAGCAGAAUCGUAUGCGAUCAAAGAGAAAGAAAGAUCGUUUACUUUAGACACAGACAAACAUUUAUCCUGCCGAAGACUGCGCAUUAUAGCAGAAUCAUAUGCGAUUAAAGGUCUCUGUCUGGAGAAGCUGCCACCAAACUCCAAGUCGAAAUACAAGAUUGCGGAAUGGCACGAACAGAUAAUCAAAUGCUACGAGAUCUCCGGCGACUUGACGCUGGUGUAUCUGCAAGAGCAAGAGAAAAUCGCUAUGCAGCAACAAAAUGGUAUCUCCACCAUAAACACAAAUAGUACAAGUACAAGCACCACGCAAUCUCCCGUUUCCGCGAAGCAUAUCGGUCCUAUUUUAGAAACUGCUUUGCAAAGAGCGCCGAUAUUGUAUAUUCAAACCGGCAAUAUACAAGCCGCCGUUAGUCGUUAUAGAGAAAUUUUAUCCGCUGUUGAAUCAACGACUACUCAGAGUCUACGGGUGACGUUGACCAGGCAAUUGGCGGAAGCGUUGCUGCGCGGUAUAAGCGGUGCUGAUUACAAACCACCGGAAGGCCAAACCGACACAACGGCCAUUGCGAGCAAUAGACGGGCGAAUCAUACGGGUGCUAGUUCAUCCGAUUCACCGUGGAAACCGAAAAAAUAUGCUGGACCCAAUAUGUUCGUCCCGAAGAACGAAUACGAGGAAACGAUUCUUCUUCUGUUGAUUAGCGAAGCGAUGGCGGUGAGAGACGCCGUUCUCAGCCAGUCGCCCGAAUUCAAGGAAGCGAGGAUACAUGCAUUUGAAAAUGCUACCGCCGUUUACGACCUGCUGACGGUUGUCGUCGUUCGAUGGAGUCAAGUAGAACUUCUGCAUGAGUCUUUUGAAAGAGCGAUGAAAUUCUCGCACGAGGAGGCGCAUGUAUGGACGCAAUACGCACUGUGUCUGAUAAGCAUGGGAAGAUAUAUGCACGCGUAUCGAGUCCUCAAGGUAGUUGCCAGGCUGUCACCCCAGAAAGUAAUGCCCUGUUUAUUGGCCGCGAGGCUGUGCUAUGAACAGUUGAAUUUGAUCAACGAAGGUGUUGAAUGGAGCCAAAAGGCUCUUCAACGAGAGACAGCCAGUCCGCAAGGAAUGCAAUCCAGGUGUCACCUGUAUAUCGGGAUCGGCCACAGUAUGCUGUCGACGAAUACUAUUGUGAAACAGGACAAAGUGCACCACACAAACACCGCAUUGGACUGCUUUCAGAAGGCCCAACAGUGUGAUCCGAACGACCAUCUGGCGGAGUAUUAUCUGGCCCACGAAUAUGCGAUAAACAGGCAAAUAGCUGACGCCAUUGUGCACGUAAAGAUCGCGUUGAAUUUACGCGCAGAACACAUUCCAUCGUUGCAUUUAUUCGCGUUACUCUUGUCGGCUCACAAGCAAUAUGCGGAGGCGUUGCACGUGAUCAACAGCGUGCUGGAGGAAUACCCGGACAAUCUAAACUUCCUUUACGUGAAGGCGCAUCUCGAAUUGCAAAGUAUCGGCGGUGUCGAGGCGCUGUACACCAUCAGCCACAUGUUGCACCUGUGGAAAAAUCUGUACGAGGAUCAGACGAAUGUUAAUUGUAACGAACAACAGAGCGAGAAGCGCAGCGAGACUAGAAGCGUCUUUCAGCUUUACACGUCGGAAAUGUCCGACAAAGAUUCGAGUUCUUUGCAUGCACAAUCGCUAGCCGCAUCAAGAGUUGAGCAGGCUCUUUCCGAAGUUGCCUCGUCAAUCAGCUCGUUCACACCGAAGCCGGGGCCGCAGAGAGCGUGGCUGUUGCAAUUGCAAAUCUGGCUCCUGCUCACGGAAGUUUUCCUCAUUCUGGACCAACCAAACGGCGCGGUUCUGUCUCUCCAAGAGGCCACCAAUAUCUUUCCGCUGAGCCAUCAUAUUAUGUACACGCGUGGCCUUCUACACGAAUACAAACUGGAGUAUACGGAAGCGAAGCAGUGCUAUCAAAACGCUGUUUCGAUUAAUCCUUCGCACAUAAAGAGUUUACAACACUUGGGACUUGUUUAUCAUUAUUUGGGUAGUCAGAGACUAGCUGAGAAAACCUUGAGGGAUGCUGCGAAGAUCGAUCCGAAUUCCCAUCAGACUUGGUACAACCUGGGAAUGGUAUUGGAAUCGUUGGGCGAAGUGGAGGCUGCCAGCGACUGUAUGGCAACGGCGCUGGAGGUCGAAACCACGAAUCCCAUCUUACCGAUUCUAUCAAUACCGGUGACCUUCGAGUGAUUCGAAUCUCCGAUUUCUUAGGAUAAGAUUCGAUGAAAUGACGGUUUAUCUCACUCCCUUUCCCUCUCUGCAUCUCCGCGGGCAUUUCCCUCGCCUUUCCGUCAAUAGUACCUGGACACGUUGUACUAUUGUAUAAACUUAUUGUUGAAAGAAAAAGAGGAUACUUUAACUGUACAAAUAGUUACAAUGGAUGUAAUAAAUUCGAAUAAAAUCUGAUCUCCGAGGAGGUCUCUCGAAUGUUCACAGAGCUGUUAGCGACGUGAUGUAAGUAUUUCGUAGAAAAAUCUCUCGUUUAAUCAAUCCAUCGUGACUUCAAUUUAUAAAUAUUUAUCGCGACAGCGGUUGCAUGUUUGUGCGGCAUUCUGGAUAUGGUAAAAUCUGAAACGUUCGCAUUCGGCACGAACCGAGCGCGUGUUACAAUUUCGAAUUUACAUAUUCCUAUACAAAGAGUCUGAAAAAAGAACGUCUGAAGGAUAUCUGAUAGAUUCUUUUAUGGUUACGUCGAUCAGCGUAAUCUUUAUCUCAGAUAUCCCGAUAUUAUUUCAAUUAUUGUGUAUCUAUUGUCAUUGUUUUGAUUUAUCGCAAUAAAGAUG